AUGUCAGGACGAGGAAAAGGAGGUAAAGGAUUGGGAAAGGGAGGAGCAAAGAGGCACAGAAAGAUUUUAAGAGAUAAUAUUCAAGGUAUUACCAAACCAGCUAUUCGACGUUUAGCAAGAAGAGGAGGUGUCAAACGUAUCUCCGGUUUAAUAUAUGAAGAAAUAAGAGGAGUAUUGAAGGUAUUCUUAGAGAAUGUAAUAAAAGAUUCAAUUAUGUAUACUGAACACGCAAAGAGAAAGACCGUAACUGCUAUGGAUAUUGUUUACUCACUGAAAAGACAAGGAAGAACAUUAUAUGGUUUUGGAGGUUAA